AUGUCUAAGUUAACUGUUACUAAUUUCAGCAAAAGGACCGGCAGUCCCUUUCAAAAUAAAGACAAAGAAACUGAUGCGGUAACAAUUAUUCAUGAAGAAGUCAUACAAAAGUCAAACUAUGAUGUACAAAAAGAAAAGAAUAACGAAUUACUUCAGAAAAUAAAUAAGAAAACUGCGGAGUAUCAGUCGAAUAAACCGAGCUCUGGUGUGUUCACUGAAGUUGUGACACACGGAGCGUUCAACUCUAAAAAAGUGGAGAAGGAGAAAGUGCAGAAAGUAGAAAGCGUUACUCCACCCAAAUAUGGAAACGGCUGCAAUGGUUCCAAGUCCCUACUCGGUUAUCCUUCAUCUGCAAAUGAUUUAGCACUUGAUGCCAAAACUGAUUUAGAAUCCGAUCCAAAUAUUUCUAAAGAAGUAAAAGAAAAAGUUAUAGAGAAGCUGUUUAAAUUAGUUUCGAUGGUGCAACAUGCGUAUGAAUCUAAAGUAAGAGUUAUGACAGAGUUUGAGAAGUUCAAGGAUACGCACUUGAAAAAUGAAAUCAGGCGAGAGAAAGAGCAUUCGGAGCAGUUGUAUAAAUUGAACAUGAACUUUCAAAAUGAAGUUAUCCAAGCAGUACAACAAUUGAAAAGUGAGUUCGAUUUAUCGAGGAAUUUGGCAAGCAAUCUAGAAGAAAGUAAUGUUGCGGCUAAUCUUAACAGCUCCGUGUAUUUUAAUACUUCAAGUGAUAACCUAGAAUCAAAUCUAAGUGUUCAUAAUUUGGGUGACGUAACCCAAGAAGACUCUACAAAACAAGCAGUACAAGUAAAUAUUGAAACGGAGGUCAAGUCUGAAUAA